AUGGCUUUUGCUUCGCUUACUUUGUUGCCUUCCAUCAGACUGACAGCACUGAUCAGCUUGACUGCUCUUUCCAGUGCCUCUCAAUGUCCGCAGAGCUUCAAUGCAAUUUUCGCGGACAUGCAUGAUGGUGACCAGAAAGAGGUGACAGUCGAUGGGGCAGCCCUGGAGAUUAAGCCGCAUGGGAACAACCAAACUUGGCGUGUGACUGCGGCGCUUGCCGAGAGUUGCACUGCCCUCAUCGAUUUCAAUGUGCCUGGAAAGCCGAAUCCACCGCCGGUGAAGCUCCUCAUGACGCUUUGGUGGGCUGCAGCAAACUCUGAGAAGGGUGCGCUUGAGAAGGUGACCUUCGAAUUUAGUGACCCUAGCAGCAGUUUGGCACCUGCUAUGGUGCCAUUGAACGCCUGGGUGCAGCUGGGUGGUAGUCCAUCAAAAGCACCACCAUGUCCAGAAUUCAGCGACGCUAUUUAUGCCGAUAUUCAUGACGGUGAUAAGAAGGCCGUCGAGAUCAAAGACUCCAAAGUGAGAAUCACCUCGACCAAGAAGAGCCAGACAUGGGUUGUGAAAGCUGAUUUGAACGACUUCUGUGGUGCCAUGGUGAACUUCAAUGUACCAGGGAAGCCUUCGCCACCGCCAGUGCCUUUGUUUGCCCGUAUUUGGCGGCUCACCCGCCAAGGCUGCACAAAAAACUCGGUGGAAUUUACUGAUCCCAGCGGCAAGCUGGCUAAGCCUGGCUUUCCAUUGGGCUCCUGGCUUCAAUUGAAUGCUUCACCGACUGCGUGA